AUGGCCUUCCCCAAAGCCACUGCCAGGGACAAGGACCGCUCAAGGGCGCCGAUGAUCUCCAACCUGCAACAAGAACAUCUCCGCGGAGAUCGUGAGAUGUCGGAAGUCUUCGGAUUGGAAGAGCUGCGCCCUGCUGUCGAUUCCAGUUCUUCAGCGAUCAUGGAUCGGCCAGUCAUUGGUCUUAUUGGCUGGAACUUCUGUGAUCCAGCCAAGCCCAAAGCAAUGGAGUAUUGA